AUGUCGCUCGCCGAGGCUAGCGCGCCACAUGACGAGGACUGGCGGCAGGAUGGAGGCAGCCCAUCGCACGCUGAGGAUCAAGAUGGGGGCAACCUUCGGCAAUCCGAAGCGGCAAAUCAUGUCCAGGCUCGACAGAGAAGGAGAAUUGCUCAACUUGAGGAGCAGCUCGAGACUCUCGAGGCGGGGCGGGCAGCAAAAGAAAAGCAAAUAAAUUACUACAUGGCUCAAGGACGAGCACUCAGAUGGGUUGUCGCUCUGUUCGACAAUGUUGAGGACCUCGUCACCGAAAACGACAGAAGAUGUGACGACGAGCAGCAGGACCAGGACGCCACUCUAGAACAGGAUCAAUUGCAAGUAGGGUAUGUCGCCCUGACGCAAACCUUACCGUGGUUUCAUAAGAAGGGCUGUGAGUUGGAGUACGAUGACUACUUGCACAUGAUAAAAAUGCUUCGGCAAGGCGCUGACGGUGCUCGAGGCGACGACACCGCCAAGCUCAAGACUCUUGUUUCCGAAUGGGUCAAUCGUGACUUCAAGCCUGAUCCACCGGUCGACCCCGAGGAUAAACAUUCUCGUGGAUUUACUAACAAUGUGUGCGGCAUGUUGCUCUGCCCAGCCGAAUUAGAUUGGAAUGACCCAGCGGUAAGGGCGGGAAUUCGAGAUCGUUCGGAGGGUUAUGUUGUCACAGAUCUCUCUUUUCCGACUUUCCUGUAUGAUAAAUAUGCCGCCAACCCGCAUGAUCUAGAGGAAGGCCUGUUUAAGGGCAAAAUUCUUCUUCAGGGGUACAAAGCUGUAUUCACAUCGCCCUCAUCAGCGAGGGAUGUCGAAGGUGACGGCGAUGGUACUGAUGUCAUCCGAAACAAUACACGUGCUAAGAAGUCUUCCUCUGGAGUCAAGGUCAAGAAACAUGUACGAUUCGCAAUUUCUUCUAUUACGUCUUGGAGGUCUGUUGAUGGAGACUUCGAUUAUGUACAAUUCUGGCAAACCAUCGUGGACUUCUUUGAACGGCCUCCCGGUCGCGAAGCCCACCGCAGGGUUGACAGGCUCCUUGAAUGGUGGACUAGGAAAGUUUUUGGAAGGAAUCACCGCAAUGAGCUUAGCAAUAUGGCAAGGGCUAGCAUGUCAGUGAAUGCUCUAGCAAGACAGAGGGCGCAACGCGACGAUGCCGCUUUUGAUUCACCUUAG